AUGGAACAAAAACUGGGAAACUUUCAAGAAAAGUGUGACCAGUGGCAUUUUGAGCAUGGGCCUGAGAGAAAGCAUUGGUUCAUCCACAUGGUAGGAGUGGUUCCCGACCAUCAAGGUCAAGGAAUGGGCAAGGAACUCAUGGCCAAACUGAAUGAUAUGGCUGAUAAGAUGAACCAGGCGAUGUACUUGGAAGCUGGAGAAAGAAACCGACGCUUCUACGAGAAAAUGAGAUUUGUCGUCCAGCACACUGUUACUUUGGAGGAUUCAGAUGGCGUCGAGAAUAGUAUCAAACGACAAUGCGUGGAGAGUAUUGAGAGGGCCCGCGAAGCAUCUGCCACAGACCACAUCCAACCCAGAAAUGAUCAAAGCUUCAAUAUAACCUCCUCGAAAUCUGGGUGA